AAACACAAACUCUGCCUCCGCCCCUCUCUCUUCCGACAUCCACAGGCUCUGGACAUCCCUCGCUCUAUCGCGAGUCCUUCCUUUCUAACAUAUCUAUUCUCCACGUCGCUCCUUAUACCCAUACUACCACAAUGGUUCACAACGAUUCCACGCCAUUUCUCGACGAGCCUCCUGAAUCACCUUGGCGGAUUCGUAUGAAAGCACACAAUCGACGGUCACCCCUAGUUAAGCGCGUCGUGGCAUUUGCUGCUCUUGUUGCCGUCACUCUCCCCUUUUUCCUUCUGUUCACAUAUGUCCGUCAAACACCACGGUCAUCUUCGUCUGAGGACGUUACUGUCACUUUGGAUGUCGUUCCACCAACGCAUGGUCCAUCAACGAUGGAGCACAUUCCGAAUCUACCCGUCAAUUCCUCAAUGACCAUGUCCAAUCCCGUCAUUUUUUCACUGAUCAUGUUCUCUUUUGAUUCUGCAAGCGAAGGCGCGAUAUUGAUGAAGUCAAUCCUGAUGUAUUCCUCCCAACCAGUGGAGUUUCAUAUUCUCUGCGACGAGGAGGCGAAAACCUAUCUUGAACGCCGACUCUUACUGGUUAAACGUCCUCGUCAGAAUGUUGUCGUCAAGUUCUACGAUAUGCCCCUGUCGAGCAUCCGUGCGCGCAUCGGGAGGGAAGGUGCUAUAGCGUCCGACCACUCCGCAGGACUGCCUGGUUUACUGAAGCUGUUCAUCCAUGAAGUUCUCCCAGAGACAGUGAAGAAAUCUAUCUUUGUUGAUACAGAUGCCUUCUUCAUCAGUGAUCCAGUGUUACUGUGGCGCAGAUUUGAUACGUUGCCACCCCAGAUCGCCGUUUCAUUACCCACUCACGGAGAUCAAAACGAGCCCGAAUGGAACUUCGCGAGCAACAUAUGCUCAUGUGUAAUGCUUCUCAAUCUGGAGAGGCUUCGCGAGCUGCGACUCAUGGAUUCCAGUUUGUACCGAGAGGACGGAUUGGGUGUCACCCCUAUCGGCCCUUCCGCCUUCCAAGCUAUGUACGGUCCACCUGGUCCCAGUGGCCAUUACGAGGGGGUAAAACUGGGAGAUCAAGGCUAUUGGUGGGCAAUCGUCAGCCAUAGACCGGACAUACUAGAACAUCUCAGCUAUGACUGGGAGGUAUCCAGCUGUCUCGUCACCAUGUAUGGCACAUCACUCGGUGAUGAUGACAUAUCGGAAACGGAUGAGCGUGCGAGGCAGGUCCAUACCGUUGGAACUGCUGAACAAGGCCAUGUAAUUCUUCCCAAGCUAGUGCAUUUCAAUUGUUUGAAUACAGAGAGAUAUCAUGAGUGGAAAGGCUGGUCAGAUCCGAAUGAUGACCUUGGCCGCGGCUGGGGUCCUGUUGUGAAGUAUCACGCCGGCAGCAAAUGGCUCUGGUUGAACCAGGCCUCAGAUCAUCAAAACAUAUCCCUCACCAUUGAAACAAUUCACGAUGUCAAGUUCCUGGAUGAGCGAUCUGCUGGAGUUGCUUUAUCAUAGGCAUUAUCAGAUGGAAUAGAUUCCACAUUGGUCUGAUUGUAUUGUGCUGAUAUACCUCUCUGUAUCAUUUGAUACACACCUGAUCGACUACCAUGACGCGAUGUCGAUAUAAGCACUCUUCAUUCCUCAUUAAAGUAUUCCCGGCCAGCGAACACAGGAACCUUUGGCUGCACCGUUCCAGGCUUCGGUCUGUGUGUAUCAACUGCGCCAAUGGGAAGUGUGUACCUGGAGGCCAGACAAUGAACAUGAGAAAGCCACACUGUCUCGGUCUUCUCACCUCUCUUCGUCACAACCGUAGGCUUUGGGUGUCAACUUGAUGACAGUAUGGAGCGGAAUUUUGAUAUACGGUAGAUCUGCGUGGGGAAGGUUGUGGAAAUAUGCAUACCUAUUGUAGUGGUCAGAGAAACGUAGCAGAAUGAGUAGUCUGGGUACACUGACAGACAGCGGAGGAUAGCCUGGGGAUCAUGAGGGUCAGCGCAAAGUUUCCCGAGCCGACGCGUAACGAACCUGGUGUCCAAUGAUUAAGAUGUUCUCUUGACGUUCUAAUUCCAUGAUAACCGGCUCAAGUCGCACGACCACGUCGCGAUAUGAUUCUCCUCCUGAAAAUCACUGUUAGCUGGGUACACUCGUGAUAGAGAAGGACAAACCUCUGUAACGAUAAUUGAAUUUGUCUUCAUCUC